CGGAAAUCGUUUGACACGUACACACCUCGGUGAUUCAGCACAAAGAACCAGGAGAGACUUUAUCCUCCUAAUUCAGCUGGAAACCACGUCAUGAAAAUGGAAGCUAAGUCGGAACCACUGGACAAAAGUUUUGAGAAUAAAUCAGAAGACCUGAAAGAGGAAAAGAGUCCAUCUGGUCAACCAACUCUUGUUAAAAAGGAAGAGAAGCCACAUCCAACCCAUUCUUUCAAUUGGAAAUCAGUGGGCCUGACCACCAUAUUAGUUUCCUGCAACAGAGCCGGAACUGUGGAGGACUCACUGAAAAGGAACCCACAUUUUAGGGGAAUAGCAAAAAAGAACAAAGGCAGAGAGCUUGUUCUUCUCAGGAAUGGGAAAGCUAUUUGUUCCAACUUUCCAUGCAGCUUAAUUAAAGAUGAGUGUUUAACUGUCAAGUUUAUCAAAGCUGUAAACACACCAGGGAGAAAAGCUAGUGGCUCUGCUCAUGACAGAAGAAAUGAUGAGGUUGUGUUGUUUCAUGUACGGGUAAUGGGGGGGGAGGGUGUAAAACGCAUCUUGAAGAACCCAGACCUAAAAAACGACAUCGGUGUUGACGAAAUGACCAUUUUCGCGUACAAAGGGGAAAAGGUAAAGCAAGCUCUGGGAAGAGAUGAUCGAUUUCAUGAUAUUGUUUUCAAAAAGAAGUGCGUGCUCUCUACUGAUGACUUCAUCGUGAACAUGUCCAAUCUGGUGGAUGACGUAGGUGGCAAAACUUACACAAUCAAACAGGUCAGAAAUCUACCAGAGAGUCUGCCUAGCAGUCUUGAAGAGGACUUUUUACAGUCAGCUGAGUCUCAGAGAACUGAAGCUGAAGAAAACCAGGAUCCUUCAGAGCAGUCAGUGAAUAAUAAUACCGACACAAGUGGUUACAUGGCAGCAGAACAAACCCCACUGCCUUCCUCAGAAGAAAAGAGGAUUCACCUCUCUUCACAGUUUGAGAAAUUCAUGAAUGGGAAGAAAAUGGUUCCCUUUCAGGGUCGGAAAAAGAUCCGUCCUAUGACUGAAAUCUUGCGUGUCGAGUAUGGAAAAAAUGCUCAGACGUGCACAGACGUGAAAACGAUGAAGGAACUGAUGGGUUUCAGUGAUUCGGUUUGUCAAGUUAGAAUAAACGAUGGGUCAAAGGGGAGUGGCUUUCUCCUAUUUGACAGGUUUGUCCUCACAAAUGCUCAUGUGGUCAAAGAGGCCUAUAACGAGAGUUUAAAAAAGCUUAAUAAAAAGGUCAUUGUUCAUUUCUCUUAUGAGAGUCUAAAUCCGACGGAGAGAGAACAGGAUGCGGUUGCAGAAGUAGAAGUAGAGGAGGUCGCUGGCUUUGAAUACACUAAGGACGUGUAUGACUGGGCUUUGUUAAAGCUCAGGGCUAGUGUGAAGUUGCCUACUGCUCUGUUAAAUAAAUGUGGAGACGUUAACCAAAGCGAUGGUGUUUGCAUCAUCGGGCACCCUGGUGGUGGAGUGAAAAAAAUAGAUCCAUGCUUGUGUAUUGCACUUGAAAACCGAAAACAGGUUGUGGAGAAGAGCUGGAUCAAAAAUCAAGGCAACACUAAAUUGAUUACUGGACGUUUCUUUGAAGAUGCGGCAGAUUCUGUUAUGAAUCAAAACAAUGUUCUAACUUACCAAACUUCUUUUUAUGAAGGCUCGUCUGGCUCUCCUGUCUUUGAUAAGGACUGCAAUGUUUUGGCAAUGCAUUCAGGAGGGUAUAAGUACAUAGACAUAAAAACAGAUCAAAUAAAGAGUGUGAUCGAGUUUGGCUAUCCUUUGUCUGACAUCAUUAAACGCAUAAAAAUCCAGUUGGUGGAAAGAAAAGUGGCUGACGAGACUUUCAAGGAGUUCUUUGAAUUCUGUGAAAAAGAGGAACCUGUCCCAAUGGACAUUUGUUAAAUGUUCACAGACAAGUACAGAGCGAACUGCUGACAAAAGACAGUCAGUGAACAGAGAGCGAAUCUGUUUUCAUAGAUCAGGACUCUCGUAAGGAAAGGCAGGGAGUUGUAGAGUGAUCCACUGAUGCUGCUUUAUAAUAAAGUAACAAUAAUCACUUUUUGGAUAAAGGGAGCUGUGAUUUUUAACCUGAUUGCAAAUACUUGAGGUUGCAUUUUGUUCAUGUGAAAAACAAACAUGUUUUUUUUUAAACUCAACUAUCAUAGUAUGAGCUACUUAUAUCCAUCGUCAUGUUUUUUAACCCUGUGUCUUUCAGAUUUUAGAUUUAACCAUUUGUUUUUAAAUGUAAAGCAUUUUGUGUGCGUUUGCUGUAUUUUGUUGUCCUAUAUCAAAUGCGUUAGUUUCUGUUUUGGAAAUGUCCAUUGACCGGAUAAUUGGAAGGAUGGUACCUGGUGCAAACUGGGGGAUUCUUUUACUUAUCUACUCUGUAAGAAAAUGACAAUGAUGGACGGGUGGGGCUUCAAUUAUUUUCUUUCUUGUAUGAAUUUUAGUCAUCAUUUAAAAUUAAGGUAUUUUCUUUAAUUAGCUUUAUAAAUGUAUGAAUGAAAGGUCAAAGAUCAAAAUCUGAGUUAAACAACAUAAUCUGACCUUUUCUGUCUCAACUGAUGUCUGUUAUUUAAACAUCACUUGUCCACAUCACUGCACACAUCUUUUGUAUAGAUAUUAAUGUGUUUCGUGUUUUUAACUGGGAUAUAAAUGUAAUUUUUCUUUGCUGACUAACAGAGUUAUUAUUUUCUACAUGUUUUUUUGUAUUUUCACAUUUUUUGAUAUUCUCACAAAAUUUCGGUUGAGGCUUUUAAACCUGCCCAUUGGGGGUUCUGCCUCUCCUGCACUGUGUAGUAUUUGUUUAGAUUUUUCUAAGUAUUCUUUGAAUCUUUGCUGAAUAAAACAUAAAAUAUC